CCCCCCCCGGAGGCGCCCGCAGUUCUGAGGCGGUGGAGCAGACUUGCUGGAGCCGCGGACGGGAGGCGGUGAGCCGGCAGUGAGCCGGGCGCAGAGGCACCAGGGCCCUCUCAGGCUACAAAGCCGCUCCACCGAGGCACCGCCGCGCCCUCCCGGAGGCCCGGAGGCCCGGGGGCCGUCGGGCGCCCAUCUCGCCUUCAGCCAUGGGGUCGGCCGCGCUGGAGAUCCUCGGCCUGGUGCUGUGCCUGGUGGGCUGGGUGGGCCUGAUCCUGGCGUGCGGGCUGCCCAUGUGGCAGGUGACUGCCUUCCUGGACCACAACAUCGUGACGGCGCAGACCACCUGGAAGGGGCUGUGGAUGUCGUGCGUGGUGCAGAGCACCGGGCACAUGCAAUGCAAGGUGUACGAUUCGGUGCUGGCGCUGAGCACCGAGGUGCAGGCGGCGCGGGCGCUCACUGUGGGCGCCGUGUUGCUGGCGCUUGUCGCGCUUUUCGUGACCCUGGCGGGCGCGCAGUGCACUACCUGCGUGGCCCCAGGCCCGGCCAAAGCGCGCGUGGCCCUCACAGGCGGCGCGCUCUACGCGCUCUGCGGGCUGCUGGCGCUCGUUCCGCUCUGCUGGUUCGCCAAUAUCGUGGUCCGUGAGUUCUACGACCCGACCGUGCCCAUGUCCCAGAAGUACGAACUGGGCGCGGCGCUGUACAUUGGUUGGGCCGCUUCGGCGCUGCUCAUGUGCGGCGGCGGCCUAGUGUGCUGCGGCGCCUGGGUCUGCGCUGGCCGCCCCGACUUCAGCUUCCCGGUCAAGUACUCCGCUCCGCGGCGGCCCACGGCCAGCGGCGACUAUGACAAGAAGAACUACGUCUGAGGGCGCUGGACUCGGCGGGGCCCCUCACGCCGGCCACUCCCGCAAACGGAACGACUGGCCAGGGGCGUCGUGCAUGGACCGCAGCCUAUGCUAGGUGGUGCGGCGCACAGUCUCUGCGGAAUGGCCGGUUCUGCGCCUGGACGCGGCGCACCGGCCGACUGAGACCUUUCACGCGCCCGCAGCCCGUUCUCUUCUACGGCCACUAGCCGGACCCUGCCCGGAACAGGAGCCACGCACUUGGAAGGACUUGCUCGGUUUCUUUUUCGGUGCGCAGAACUUGCUCCGAUGUGAGUGGGGCGCGGGGUUCCUUAGGCUGAAUGGACAAUGGACCGAAAUGCCGCUUUCCUCCCCAACCCUCAGGGUCUUGGAUCCCGCCAUCCUCCCCAGCGGCUCCUGCUGAUUCCAGCCAGGCAGACGGAAAGCCCAGGGACCCCAGCCUGGACUGCCGGAGGGCUGUAUACAACCGACCUUUACCCCAAGAUUGGGGCCUGAGCCCAGGGGGCCUUGAAAGACUUGGCCUGGACCUCCCUGCCUCACCCUGGCAGCUCCCCAGGAGAGGCUUAUGGGCACUAGAUCCUGCGUGGGGAGCUAGGGCCCUGCCCUCCUUUGCAGCUUGUGGGGGAGGGUAAGAAUUUGCUUAGUAAAUGGUUUGAAUACCCUC